AUGGAUCUAGUCAAGGACAAGGAUCAUCCCAAAGACAAGAUCAACCUCAGCAAGGUCAACAGCAGAGAGGAAGACCUCAACAAGGUCAACAACAGGGAGGAAGACCUCAGCAAGGUCAACAACAGGGAGGAAGACCUGAUCAAGGUCAACAACAAGGAGGAAGACCUCAACAUCAACAAGGUCAGCAACAAGGAGGAAGACCUCAACAUCAACAUGGCCAACAACAGGGAGGAAGACCUCAGCAAGGUCAACAUCAAGGAGGAAGACCUCAGCAAGGUCAACAUCAAGGAGAAAGACCUCAGCAAGGUCAAUAUCAAGGAGGAAGACCUCAGCAAGGUCAAUAUCAAGGAGGAAGACCUCAGCAAGGUCAACAUCAAGGAGAAAGACCUCAGCAAGGUCAAUAUCAAGGAGGAAGACCUCAGCAAGGUCAAUAUCAAGGAGGAAGACCUCAACAAGGUCAACAACAGGGAGGAAGACCUCAACAAGGUCAAGAUCAAGGAGGAAGACCUCAACAAGGUCAACAAUCUCGACAAGGAGGGCAGGGUGCCUGGGGUCAACCUCAGUCACAACCACAACAGUCACAAGGACCUCCACAGUCAGCAUGGGGUAAACCUGCUGAACAGCCACAAGGACCUCCACAAUCAGCAUGGGCCAUCACGGCCACCGUCAGUUGCUUCUUCGGCAGGCGGAGAUGUAGCAUCAGUUAAAUCGGGUGGUAGUGGAGCUCAACAGACUCCUAAAAAAGCUCCGGGUGGCUUGGACAAGAAGUCGCUAACUGAUCAAGAAAAAAAUCGUCUGAUGAGUUUGAUUCCUAGAAGGAAAAAUCCUAAACAAGGAGGAACUAAAGGAAGGCGUAUUGAGGUGUUUACGAAUAUGGUACAGAUCUUUUUUGAUAAAAGCAAGUUCAAAAAUACAGCUACCCAUUACGAUGUCAAAUUUGAUCCCGACAAGCCUAAAUUUUUAAAAAGACUUGCGUUUAAUAAACUUCGUGAACAAAAUUUCCCCAAUAAUUGGCCGGCGUUUGAUGGACGCGUCAAUGUUUAUUCUGCAGGAGAUCUUCCUUUUGGUAGAAGUAUUACACAAACUGUCGAGGUCUUUGACGAAGAGCAGCAGCGUAACCGUCCUGUUGUCGUUACAAUGGAGAAAGUAAAUGUCAUAGAUAUGUCAUGGUUACCGAAAGUCACUCCUGGAUUUAGAGAAGAAGAAAGAGAUCAAACAUCUAUCCAAGUUCUAGAUGUUGUACUUCGUAUGGCCCAGUUCAACCGAGCUAUUCCUGUUGGGCGUUCAUUCUUCCAGCAGCCGAAAUCUCAAUCGUUUGAUUUGACUGACGGUAUGGAACUCUGGGUCGGAAUGUUUCAAUCAGCAGUUCUUGGUUGGAAACCUUAUUUCAAUGUCGAUGUUGCUCACAAGGCUUUCCCAAAAAAUAUCAACGUGAUUGAUGCUAUGAAAGAUUUGUGUGGUGAUCGUUAUGGACCUCUCCAAGGUCCCUUGACCACCGAUCUGGUCGAACGGAAUAAAGACAAAAUUUUCAAAUUUCUCAAAGGUUUAAAGGUCGUGUUCCAGCUUCCCAAUAAACCAACUACCAGAAGGACUGUUGGAGUUAACGGCUUGGAUAAACCUGCAGACAAAGCAGUUUUUUCUUUAGAUAAUGGACAACAAACUACUGUUGCUACUUAUUUCGCGGGAUCUAAAGGAUACAGACUCCAACGUCCAGACUUACCCUGUCUCUGGGUCGGAUCAAGAAAUAAACACGUUCUAUUACCACCAGAAUUGUGUACAAUUGCUGCUGGACUGGUUACGAACAGAAAAUUAAACGAUGAACAGACUCGCAAGAUGAUACGAGAGGCUGCGAAACCCGCGCCAGAUCGCAAGCGAAAAAUUGAAGAGACUUUGAAGGAAGUUAACUUUGCUGCUGAUCCUACAAUGAGAGAGUUUGGCUUAUCGUUGAAUGGGCAGCUCGAAAAAGUAGACGCGCGAGUUCUGGAUCCACCUGCAUUGGAGUAUAAGGAUAACAAAAAUACACGCGUUAUGAAAGGUGUUUGGCGAGCUAGUGAAUUUUUGAAUGCUCAAAAUAUCCCAGAUGGCCAGUGGACUAUUUUGAAUCUGUCCCGUUGCCAAGAAGGCAAUCUCAGGGAAUUCGUUUCCAUGUUGCAGGGCUUCGCUAAUGGUAUGAGAAUCGGAAAUCCCCAUACACCAUUUGAAGUGCAACAACUGGCAUUCCGCAAUCCAAGGGAUGUUCAAAGCCUUAAGAAUCUUUUAGACAAUCAAAAAAAUAAAGGAAUGAAACUUGUAGUUGUUGUACUUCCGGGUUUUCCGGCCGAUGUUUACGCUCGAGUCAAACAGCAAGCUGAAUUGUACGUUGGAAUUCUUACUCAGUGUGUCAAGGAACAAACAAUUAAUAAAUGUGUUCAGAAAAAUGACAAAUCAACCGCUGGCAAUAUUCUUCUGAAAAUUAAUGCAAAGUUGAAUGGAGUAAAUCAUACUUUUAGUUAUAAUUUCAGACCACCAUGUUUGAGCGUACCGGCAAUAAUAAUUGGCGCUGAUGUUACUCAUCCUUCACCUGAUGCGACUGAUAUACCCUCCAUAGCAGCAGUAGCCGCCAGUUACAGUUUCGACGUAUUUAAAUACAACAUUGAGAUUAAGCUACAACCCGCGAGACAAGAAAUUAUUUUACAAUUAGAACAAAUAGUUUACAAUCAGUUGAAGAUUUUUGCAGCAAAUGCUGGUGGAAGAAAACCCGAAAAAAUCUUUUACUACCGAGACGGCGUGAGUGAAGGUCAAUUCCCUCAAGUGAUGCAUUUCGAGCUCCAAGCUAUAAGGAAUGCAUGCAGAAAAUUCGGCCAACCGGAAAAAUAUGAGCCCAAGAUAACAUUUUUGGUUGUUCAGAAACGUCAUCACAUUCGUUUAUUCCCAGCUAACCCUAGAAAUUCAGAUGAUAGGGGUGGAAAUGUUCAAGCUGGUACUAUUGUCGAUACUCAAAUUACACACCCUUCGCACAUUGAUUUUUAUCUCGUAUCUCACGCUAGUAUUCAAGGUACUGCAAGGCCUACUAAAUACCGUUGCUUAUGGGAUGACAACGACAUGUCCGAAGAUGACAUUGAAACCCUCACCUACUAUCUGUGUCAUAUGUUCAGCCGGUGCACACGUUCUGUGAGUUAUCCGGCACCCACAUACUACGCUCAUUUGGCAGCUUUCAGAGCUCGUGCUCUUAUCAAUGGUGUACCAAUCCAGAUGGAUAACCUUGAUAGAGAGCAGUUGAGUAAACUUACAUUGAGACCUGAAUUGGUAAACGGCAACCCGAUGUUUUUCGUUUAA